AUGACAAAUGACAGCAAUUACAUUGUAUACUUCAAGACGUCAGAGCCGGACUUCGGGGUACCAAAAUAUAGAACUUGUCUUCGUAAGUUUUGAUGGACUUUCUACAGGUGAAUUGCAGAAUGAAGUCGGAAAUCUAACGAGAUUUUUGAUAGUAAAUCUCUCUUUGGAAUGUAUAUGUUUUUGAUUGAGACGUAGGGCAAUGAGAUUGAAAAUACCUUUCGAUUGUUAUUGCGGUCGUCAGUCUGUUUGGGUUAAUCUUGAAGAAAAGAUAACUUAUUUCACAUGCCCUUCAUAUAAUUAUUAUUUCAGCAAAGAAAAAGACCCGCAAGUUUGGGUUUCCAAAGCUGUUUAUGUACAACGAGGGAAUUGUGACCUGCAAAACGUGUGGAGAUCAGCACACCGUCGACACUGUCUGCGGCACUUGUUACACCGUUUUAAAAGCCGAGACUGAUAAGAUAAAAGAGGAGAAGUUAGGACUGAGAAAGAUGGAAUAG